UUGGAACAAUGCUGAAGUCUCUGCUGAUCCCGUUGACAUACUUCUGUCUUCAAACCUGGCUGGGAAUCCCUCAGGCAAAAUGUGAGAGGCAGCUGAACAUGACGGAAGAUGCAUUUGACGACCAGUAUCUAGGAUGUGCUAAAGAAAUGGAUGCAGAAGCACGUAAACUGCUACAGAAGGAAAUGUCCCCACCGUUUAGCACGGUGUGGCAAAACGCAACAGAAACCUGGAAAGCUGUGAAAAUGACUUCUCGCCUCAGCAACUUUAAGGAUGAAUAUGGAAUAGCCCUACUAGCCUAUACUGACAAAACCCGAUUCUCUGAUGAAGCUUUUCCAACUAUAUUUAAUAAGGCAGUGAGAGAAAAUGGGACAUCUCGAGAUCAUUACAUGGCUAGUUUCCACUUCAAAGCCUUUCAUUAUUAUUUGACAAGAGCGUUGCAGUGCUUACGGGAGGAGUGCAAUUUGGUGUACCGGGGGGUUCCUGCCACGUUUAAGUACAGUGAGGGUGACAUCAGGUUUGGACACUUUGCCUCUUCAUCUAUGAGUGAAAGUGUGGCUGAGCGUUUUAGGAAUGGGGGCACACUCUUCACCAUCCACACGUGCUUUGGCGUGAACAUCCAGGCCGAGUCAUACGAUCCUGGCCAAGAAGAGGUGUUAAUCCCAGUCCAUGAGACUUUCCAUGUUUCCCCAAAAGGCAAAAACCACUUUGACCUCCAGAGCACAAAGAAGACCUGCAGCCAUUUUAACUGCGCGUACCUGGGUGGAGAGAAGACCGAAACAUGUGUUGGCAACUCUGCUACCAGAGGCGGCCCGGCCUUCCCCGGUGAGCUGAGCCCUCCACUGUCUGGAGGAUCCGUCAUCCUGAUCCACAUUGCUGCUCUGAAGCUGUUUGCUGGUUUCUAAAUUGUCCUAUUCGUGUUACUCACUUUUUCUCUCUAACACAAAUCAUGGUGCUGGGACUUGCCAGAUCCAAAGCCGCCCUGCUGUGCUGCCGGCGUUCCAAAGGGAAACCAGGAACACGGAGGGAGUGUCACUGGUACCUGCUUGGGCAAGCUUUGAUUAUAUGUUAAUGAUGAGUAGAUGAAAAUGGAAGCUCAUUGUUC